AUGGAAGUUGAGUCACCCAAACCUAACAGAAAUAGCAAACGUUUCUCAAUGCGUAAAACAUUAUUACUUGAGAAAGUUCACUUCGAUAUUAAAAUUACUACAUUAAAAAAAUUAGAUGACGUGAAUAAUCAUGUCAUCUAUAUCAAAUGGAAACGAGGAAAUUCAAAAAAUUCAGGUAACUUAAAGAGAGUUUUAGUAGAAAAAGCAAUAGCACAAUAUAACACAACGUUCGGAUUUGAUUGUACAAUACAACGUGACUCUAAAACAAAUCAAUACAAAAAAGAGAAAGUCCUUAAAAUAGACUUGUUUGUUGUCACUACAAAAGGAGAAAAAGAAAAGGCUUCUUUGAAACUUGAUUUGAAUUUAUAUCUUGAUGGUGAAACUAAAGAAGAAUUUUUACCUUUUGAAGGAACACAUUAUAUUUUAGGAUUUAUUAUCGAACAUCACUCACUAGAAACAAUAAAAAGAGCACCUUCAGCUGGAAGUGAAUCAGAUUGGAGUGAUAGCGAUUCCAUUACUAUGACUCAAUCACUCACCAAUUCUCCACACCCAAUGUCUCCAAGAAAAAGAACACUAAAUAGAACAGUAUCAAUUAAUGGAGAUGUUACAUUUAGAAAAGAAUCUGGUUUAGAAGAAGACUUUGCAAUGAAAUAUUAUAAAUUAAAGGAUGAUUAUGACUCAUUAUCAAAAGAACUUACACAGUCAUUACAAGAACAAGGUAAAUUAAAGGAACAAUUAGAAGAAAUUAAAAUAGACCCAAUUAAUGACCCAUUUCAAACAAGUAAUUUUAUUAUCAAUUCAAUAAUUGCUACUAAAUAUCAAUUUGAUGGUCAAUUAACUGAAACAGCUUCUGCUUUAAAAGAGAAAUGUGUUGAAAGAAAUUUUAGAAUAGAUAUUGAAAAUAAUUUUUUUAAUAAUGUUACAGCAGCAAUGAAAGCAAUUGUGAAAGUAUCAAAUAGAUCAACCAAUGCUAUAGCUUAUUGGAUAGCAACUACAUGCUCUAUAUUAAUUCAUAUUAAGUGUUAUGUAACUUCUAUUAAUGAAAAAACAAAACCAAAAAUUGCAAAAUUUGAGAAGUCAAUGAUUGAAGUUCUUAAUGAUGAAAUUGAGUUAUUACUUGAGAUUGCAGUAGAAAAUAUUACUAACUUAGUUUCAUUCUUUGAUAAAAAAACUGAACCGAGAAUAGAGGGAUUUGAUAAACUCUCUCAAUGUGUUAGAGUAAUGAAAAAUUAUUGUAUAAGUGAAAAGGUUAUAUCAUAUUUUAUCCAAGUGUAUUGUGAAACAAUUGAUAGAUUUAUCUAUCAACAAAUAAUGAAAGAGUAUCAAUGUUUUACUGUUCAGGAUGGAAUUAAUUUUAAAAUGAAAAAUGAUAGGUUCAAAGAAUGGAUCGUUGAGUCGUUUGGUAAAGAAAAUGAACAACAGUUUUAUAGAAUUGCUGAGAUAAGCACAUUAAUGUUAAUGGAUAUUUCAUUAAUUUCAACACCAAAUGAUUUCCAAGGAUUAAACUUGAAAACCAUAUCAAGUCAAGAGAUUAUAUAUAUUCUUGAACAUCUUCAACCACCAUUAAACAAGACUUUAGUGGAAAAAAUAAAAACUGAAUUAUGUAUUGAAAAUCUUCCACUAACAUAUGAUAAAACAUUCCAAAAAAUUGAAGUUCCAUCAGAGGUAUUAGAGAAUUUGUAA